AUGUCCAAGCCCUUCGUCCCCACCCCAGCCCUCUCCCGUUCCGGGUCUCCCCCUCUCAUGCGCUCCACAUCCUCCAGCAGCAUGUACUCUAACAAUGCCGAGCGUCGCUCCGACGCCGACGAGAAGCUCCUCAUGGCCAACCUCGGCGGGGCUCAACGUCCCCCUUCCCCCAGUCUGGCCGCCAAGGACACGCCCGCCGCCCCCACGUCCCGCGAGCAAAUCCUUCCUAUCCUCAACUACUGCGCCGCGUCCAUCAUGAUGACUGUAGUCAACAAGUACGUCGUGUCUGGCUCCAAGUUCACGAUGAACUUUCUCCUCCUCGCCAUCCAGUCAUCGGUGUGCGUGCUCGCUGUCUGGAGCGUGAAGCGCGCGGGCAUCAUCUCUGUCCGUGAAUUUGACAUCAAGGACGCCAAGCAGUGGUUCCCGGUCUCCUGCUUACUUGUGGCCGUCAUCUACACGGGCUCCAAGUCGCUGCAGUUCCUCUCGAUUCCCGUCUACACCAUCUUCAAGAACCUGACCAUCAUCCUCAUCGCCUACGGCGAAGUGUUCAUGUUCAGCGGUGUUGUUACGGGCCUGACUCUUGUGUCGUUUGCUCUCAUGGUCGGCUCGUCCAUCAUUGCCGCCUGGGCCGAUAUUUCUGCCGCUUGGGUGCCCACUCUUGACCAGACCACUGGCCGUGAGCUGACCCCCCUUCCUACCAUUGGCGGUGUCAGCGUCGGCUACUUCUGGAUGGCGCUUAACUGCGCCUGCUCGGCCGCCUACGUCCUCUACAUGCGCAAGCGCAUCAAGGUCACUGGCUUCAAGGACUGGGACUCUAUGUUCUACAACAACCUUCUCUCGAUUCCCGUCCUUGUCAUUGCCUCUGUCAUCUUUGAGAACUGGGGCUACGAGAGCCUCUCCAACAACUUCCCGGCGUCGAACCGCACCAUCCUGCUUUCGGCGAUCGUCUUCUCGGGUGCCGCCGCCGUGUUCAUCUCGUACAGCACGGCGUGGUGCGUCCGUGUCUGCGGCUCGACCACUUACUCGAUGGUCGGCGCUCUCAACAAGCUCCCUGUGGCUGCCUCUGGCAUGCUUUUCUUCGGCGACGCGGUGUCGUUUGGCAACGUCACGGCCAUCGGCGUCGGUGGCAUUGCCGGUAUUGUCUACGCCGUCGCCAAGACCAACCAGGCCAAGGUCGAGGCCGCUGCCAAGGCUCGCCAGAUCGGUGGCGGCCCUUAG